AGUAAGUGUAUGGUUUAGUUUUUGUUUUUUGUGUUUUUUUGUCUGUAUGUGUGUCUAUAUAUAUAUAUAUGUGUGUUUGUUGUUGGACCUAGAUAGAUGAAAAACAACCUGUGAAACUGUUCAGAUGUACCCAUGAUGUGAUUUUGUCAAAUUGCAUAAACAUUAAGGAGUUCUGCAUCAAUAUAUUGAAGGGAUUUUAAAUGUAGCCUUGAUUUUUGACCUCAUUCACUCAUUUAAAAAAAAAAAAAAUCGCACAGAACACGAUUUCCCUGAGUGAAGUUGCAUUAUCCUCUAUUUUUCUGAUUUUGCAAAUGUUUACUAAAAAAAUUGAUUUUGAGAUCGUAAACAGUGGAUAGAUAUUAGUAUAUUUUCUGAAGGACAACACUUUUUGGCCAGUUUCUCAGAGAAGGUGUGGUAUUAUUUCUGAAGACAUUGUCAUAUAAGUUAUGAAUUUGUACUGUGGAAUGUGUGGUGUAAUCUAUAUUUUGUACAAAAAAGAAAAUCCAGAAUAUUAGCUUGACCACCGUACUAUGGCUAGUAGUGGCUCGGGAAAGUCAGACAGCGAGGUUCCAACGUCCAACAUCCCGAGUGGCAGCUUGCAGCAGCGGAAAAGACUCUCAUCUGUUUGUGACGCGUGCAAAAGCAAGAUGCAGCUGGUGGCGGAUUUGCUUCUGCUGUCCAGUGAGACGAGGCCGGUGAUGACGGCGGAUGGUGCGCCAGUGGCAGAGACUUUUGAGAAGUGUCGGGAUACAGUGAUUGCUAGGACAAAGGAGCUGUCCAUCAUCACUCAUGACAUUCAAAGCCAGCUUAACAUGGGGAAAUUCACGGAGGUCGGGGAGCGAUUAGUGGAAAUGGGCAAUCUGGUGGUGUCUCUAACGGAGUUUUCAGCUCAUGCUGCAUACCUGGCGGCAGUGGAGACACCGGGUUCGCAUGCUGCCAUUCCUGGAUUGGUGGAUCGCUACAAAGUGACGCGAUGCCGUCACGAGGUGGAUCAAACUUGUGCAGUCUUGCGCAUGACUCCACUAUCUGAUUUAACUCCCCAACUCCUCCUGGAAAUUUCCCAAAACAUCCGGAGGAACCUGACCACUCUCACAGAGGCCUCGUCUCUGGCAAGUGAGAAAUCCAAGGACCGGUUUGCCAAAGAGCAGUUCAAAGCCAGUGUAAAGUGCAUGAGCACGAGUGCCACCGCGCUUCUCGCCUGUGUCAAGGAGGUGAAGACGAGCCCAAGCGAGCUGACACGUAAUCGCUGCGUGCUUUUCAGUGGGCCGCUUGUUCAGGCUGUCAACGCACUGGUGGGAUUUGCCACUGAGCCCCACUUCCUGGGCAAACCAGCUAACGUUAGCACCGAUGGUAAAGCGGUGCAGACGGCUGUAUUGGGAGGCGCCAUGAGUGUAGUUUCGGCUUGCGUUCUCCUCACACAGGGUCUCCGGGACGUAUCCCAGCAUGCAGAGAACAGCACCCAGAUGCCUACGUACCGAGAAAGGCUGCGCCAGUCAGCUUGCGCUGUCUCUGAUGGAUGCACAUUGCUCUCGCAGGCGCUCAGGGAACGAUCCUCACCCAGGACUCUACCACCGGUCAACUCGCAUUCUGUGAAUUAAACAAUUAAAAGCCCAUUACAGAUAUUUUUCUCAAUGUACCAAAGAGACUAAUAUGCUUUAACCCCAUGUUGUGUGAUCCUAUUGAGUGAAUGUAGUGAAUUUGUAAAAAUAUGUCUGUUCAACUAUUCCUGGGCAACCAUGGUGGCAGUUUUUUUUGCACUGGAUGUAAUAAAAAACCUAGCCAAAACUGACAUCACAACAUAUAUCUAACUUGUGUUCACUCACUGGUAGCCACAGAUUUUGUGGUGAUUCUGUAUGUUGUACUGAAAAUUCUCAACUUAAAAGGAAAACUAGUGGAAAGUUUACCUCAGUUUUAGUGUCUGAGAGCAACAGACAGAGUAAUGGUUGUAGUCUGAUGUGUGGUGGAUGUUAUUAAGAAAUGCAGUGAGGGUGGGAUGUUUGUUCAUGCUUUGUAUUCCAAUGUGUGAAUCUUUUGGAUUAAAGCUGCUGUGAGUGUGUGCCAUAGGUUUUACACUAUUUACCAGAAUUACAAUAGCUUUUUUUUUCUGGAUCAUGCAUGUACUGGAGUAUUUAUUUCAACUUAUUAAAAAGUUGGUUCUCAUACGAAGGUUGUUAGAUGUCUCUCUCAUUAGAAAUGCACUCUGUAGGGAGGGAAUAUUAAUAAUUCGUAAUUAUAUGAUUGGAGAAAUGAAACUGAUUGAUCUUCAGGAUGUCAAUGUCAGUGUUAAGUGAUAGUGAUUCUAGAGUUUAACCCUCAGGGAGGCUCAUACCCAGUGACAUUUUAUAAUGUGGAAUCAGUGAGGAAACAAAUACUUUUGCAGCUGAAUUGAAAAGGGUGCGUUUUUGUGUGAACAUAC